AUGCUGCCCACGAUGAUGCUGCGGACCGCGCAGCAGGGCUCGGCGGGUCGCGCCGCCCGCAAGGACUCCAUGCGCACCGCCGUGUUCGGUCUUGCGUUCGCCGCGCUGAGCCAGGUGCUGCUGAUUCUGGCUCGCAGCGUGUUCGACAUGAGGCCCAUGUUCGAGCUUCUUCCAGAGGUUGUGGUUCUGGUCUGCUUCCUCAUUUCUUAUAGCGCAGGGUGGAUGUCCAAGGUCCGUAGAGUGACUACCACGAAGCCGAUGCCCGACAAGGUGGUGUCCGAUGCCGACCACACAUGUCCAAGGCCGUCUGGCAUGCGCGCCAUCGCCGGCCCGCGCACGGAGGGCGUCGCCCCCGCUGCUCCAAAUUUCAGGGAAUUGAUGAAGCUGUGCGUCACGCAACAGCAGGUGGAGCCAGCACUGAGGAUGUUUAACCAGAUGUUGGAGGAGGGUGUCGGUCCCGACGCGCACCACAUUGGCAAGUCCGUCGUCGACAGGUUCUUCAAUCUGGUCGCCGAGAACCUCAGUACCGGACGCUUGCGGAGAGAUGGGUUGUCACUCUUUGAGAUGGUUGAAGCUCAUGGGCUGGCGCCGUCGACGAGUAUUCAGAACCGCUUGAUGGUCGCGUGGAAAAGUAGACCUCCAAAGAGCGUUGUGAGCUAUCUCCUGAGGAUGAGGAGCGCGGGCAUGCAACUUAGCCGGCUAUCAUACUUCUGCAUUAUCAUUUCCAGCGAGCGGUCGGAUCCAGUGUUGGUGUUGAAGAUGUGCGACGAGAUGCAGACUUUGGGAAUUAAGCCUGACAAGGUAGCUUACAAUGCAUUGUUGGGUGCUUGCUCUCAUCUUGGCCUCUGCGAGGAAGCUGGACAGCUAUUCGAUCAGAUGCCCAACCAUGGAAUAAUACCCGAUGUCAAGAGCUACCGCAUCAUGAUCAGUGUCAACGCACGUAAUAAGAAGUACAAGGAAGCUGUUGCCCUCUUGGAGACUAUGCGGGAGUCGGGCUUGAAGCCCGAUCGACAUGAUUACCACAACGCAAUCCAAUCUUGCAUCAGCCUCCAGCGCAUCGAGCACGCCGUGGAGCUGUACAACGACAUGGUCCGGGCGGACGUUGUCCCUAGCAAACGCACUGUCGCCUCAUUGACGACGGCGUGUCAGACGCCUGCCUUGAGUUUUUAG